AUGGAGGCCCGUCUUGUGUAUUUGGCCAUCCUCUCUGCUCUGGUGCUCCUCUGCUCGGUCCACUACUUCGCGGUGCCUGUCCCGCCCCUGUUCACCGUCUCCGGCAUCGAUACCUGGGUGAUCCUCAAACACUUGCUGCGGAAGCUGAUGGAAAAAGACAACAUCUUCAUCCCGGCCAGUCAUCCUCACUUGCAUUACGUUGGACGAUGGAUGCCCACGGCAAACCAACUCCGGCGAGACGCGGCGUUUCGAGGUUCUUACGUCGAGAUGGUGGUCGCCAACACCACCGGCCUCUCUGUGUCGCUCAACAACCUCAACUCGGCCUCCAAACAGCAACAACACCCUGCGCGUCUGGACGCACGGGACCUCCACCACUCCGUCCUUCCGUCGGUCAACGCCAGGGCCUCGGACCCGGUCAGCUUCGUGGUGUCGAUCGAGGGCCACCACAAUACCUACUGGGUCGAAGCGGCGGGCUUGGUUGUCCCAAUCGUCCAGAACCUCGAUCCACAGAAGACGUACAGAGUCAGACUCACACACAUGGGCGGCCCAAAUGGCACCAAUGGAGACCUCGAGUUUGAAGGCGUCUGGCUUGAAAACGCCCGUGCAGCUUCACCGACCUCCUCGAACGAAACAUCCCCAACAGCGAGACUCCUUGCUUUCGGGGACGAAGAUGGCCCACGACGGCGAAGGAGGAAUGUCGUCGAGAUUGCCACGUCCGAGGCUUCGCUCUCCUUCAUCAACCCCUUGCUCCCGGCGACUUCGCCAACCGACCCGGACGAUGGCGGCGGCGGGGUGACCAAUUGGUUCACGGAGCUGGACGCGGUCGUCGUGGACACGACGGGAACCGGGCUGCUGCCCACGCCGGAGUCCCGGUUGAGUGUCCGAGAUUCAUUCUUCCGCGCGGGACCCCCGGGCACCAAGGCAGGGGCGCGGUCGUGGAACUUCAAGCUGUACCACCCGUCGGUGCUGCUGCUCCAGCUCGGACUCGAGGAUUUUGACGCCUUCUUCUCAGAUACAGGUAUAGGUACGGGCGAGAGGAGUCCCGUCACCCAGCACGCACUGGCCAAGUUCACGAACGAGUUCGUCGACGCCUACGUCAAGCUGGUCCAAGGAAUCCGCGCCAACGCGUACCCGUUCAACUCCAACUCGGACUCCGAGGUCGCAUCAUCAUCAUCAGUAGAACUGCUGGACGACGAAGACCCCGACGACGUCAGCUACAUCUACAACUCGGCGCCGUCCACGCUGACCAUCUUCCUGCUCACCCCGUUCUCCGCCGCCGCGGCGCACCGCCACCACGUCCUCGUCGCCAAAAAGCUUACGCUCCACCGCGUCAUCUCCAGCGCUGUCGCCCAGGUGGUGGCCGCCGUGCAGGCCGAGGGCGACAAGUCGACCUUCUGGAUCGAUACGACCGGCUGGCUGGAUGCGGAGACGGACUUUGAUGACGACGUCGACGAUGACUAUGAGGAGAGUUCGAACCAAUUCCAGAAAUCACCUUCGUCGUCAUCGAUGCUCAACAAGGCCGGGAUGUCCAAAGUCACGACCCUCCUCGCAGACCACCUCUGCCCAUACGUCGGGGUUAGCACGGCACAUGGCUCGGCGCUGGGGCUAGGCGGAGGUGCGUGUCCCUUCGACCCCUACGACGACUAUCUCGGCGACGUGUUCCUGCCGCAGGAUGUCGAGUUCAGCCGGUCCGUCCUCAAACACAAGAUCGAACUGAUCAAGCAGAAGUUCGACUUGUGGCGAUAA